AUGCAAUGGAAGAUGAAUGACACGAAUGGAGAAGUCGUAGCUGGUGGCCGUGGUCGAGGAAAUCGAUUGGACCAAUUGAAUUUGCCAACUGAUGUGUUGAUCGAUAAAGAGACGGAUAGUCUCGUUAUUUGUGAUCGAGAAAAUCGACGAGUUGUACGAUGGCCUCGUCGUAGUGGCACAACUCAAGGAGAAAUCGUCAUCGAUAACAUCUAUUGUCAGGGAUUGGCCAUGGAUAAUCAGAGAUAUCUCUACAUCUCUGAUACCACCAAAAAUGAAGUAAGACGAUAUGAAAUAGGAGACAAGCAUGGAACUAUCGUGGCUGGUGGCAAUGGUGCAGGUGCUGGUUUCAAUCAACUCCACGGUCCGAUAUGCGUCUUCGUCGAUCAACAAGAGGCUAUCUAUGUUUCAGAGCAUUACAAUUAUCGUGUGAUGAAAUGGAAUAAAGGUGCAAAAGAAGGAAUUGUUGUUGCUGGUGGUCAAGGCUUUGGAGAUGGUAUGAAACAAUUAUCCAACCCUCGAGGACUACAAGAUUUACUUCAUACUGAACAAGAUGAUUUGUCUAAUUUGCUUAAAUAUUUCAACAAUUAUUGGAUGCCUCAAAUGUCAUCUUGGAGUGUUCAUAGUUUAUGUCAAAAAGCUAAUGAUUCAUGUGAAAGUAUGUCAAGUCAAAACUGA